GACCCAACUCUCAGGGACCCCGGGGCGCCGCCCUCCCGCGGGCGCCGCGACUCUCCCCGACUCUGCCAGACUGGGCGCCGCAGACCCCUGCCCACCGCGGCCCAGGCAGGACCCCGCAGCUCGUCCACCUUCCCAGGCCAUGCUGACCCCCAGCACCUCGUUGGUCUCUAGGACACGCCCCUGUGCUGGGCCGUCGCCCAGCGUGUGGAGGAGGAAGCUGGGCAGCGGCUCCCGUCACUUUCCCCUGGGUGAUCAGAUUGUGUACGUGAUUUGUGUCCGUUCCACAGCGACUUUGCUCCCACACCGGGCCGUCAGUACUCCUGAGGAAGCCGCCGGCAGCCGCUGAGCACUGGGGAGCAGGCGACCGCCGGGCCUGUCCAGCCCUGGGCAGCUCCGGCACAGCAGGGUCUAUGUCUCCUGAGCGUCUUCCCAGCGGGUCUGUGCGGACCUGGCGGCACCGACACACAAGGCCAACAGGAGCUGGGGGGGCAGCUGGCCAGAUGCCCCCUCUCUGCGCGUUUUUGAGUGAACUGGCAGAGGAAGCAGGGGAGGCUUCUAAAGACAGCGGUGCAAGCCCGGCACCUGGGAGGCCGAGCGGUGACGCUGUGCCGUGGGCGAAGACCCGCUCCCUCCUUCCCUCCUCGGGCGGGGCCGCCAGGAUCUCUGGGCGUGGCAGUGCCGGUGGCCCAGACCCAGGGGAACGCAGCGGUGCCUGGGGGGAGUUUGAAGGCUUCAGGGAGUCCUCGGCCAAGUCUGAACAAUUCUCUCGGUCCUUUGAGCUCCCAGAGAGGCCCGCAGAGACUCAGCUGCCUAGAACCACUUCUGCCCCAAAGGAGUAUGGUUCUCGCCAGCCUCACCAGGGUGGACCUUGGGCGACGGGAACCGCCACCAUCUCACCUUCUGAGCUCCUUCUCAGCUAUGAGAACAUUUUUAAGUUUGCUUUUCAAGAAGUGCCCAUCCAGCAGGUAACUGAAGCUGUCUCCACCUUAGACGGUUUCUUAGAAGCAAGCAAGGAAGAAGCACCUGGCCUUGAACCUGUGCAGACACUGUGUUCUGAAUCUAGAAAACUCUGGAGAGCUCUUCAGAACGCCAAGACCAUUUUGACUUCCCAGUGUCUCUGGAGUGAGUCCCGCUGCCAGGAAAACUUCCUCCUUGUUCUCGGAAUUGAUGCUGCUCGGAAGAGCCGUUCCACAGGCCAGGGCCACAUGCGGGAGGACCCAGACCUCCAGGGGCGCGCAGAGCCCAUGGUACGCAGCUGCUGUCUGCCGCGCUGCGGAGCCCUGAUCCAGACCCAGCUCACAGGGACGCCUGGCAGCAGACAGGGCAGCCUGAUCACAUACAGCCUCUUCCUGAAGACCCCCUUCCACGGAAACCGGCAGCUCAUCACAAUUCCACGGAAAAAGAAGAUUUUCACUCCACGUAAUCUAAAAAUGACAUUGUUUAACAGUGAUGUUUGCUAAAGCGGAAGGACUUUGUAUCUUUAUGAGGAAUUUUUCAUUAUCUUACGAGUUUGGUUUGGUGCUGGAAACCAGAACUAUCUUGUGGCAGGGUGGUCCAGGGACCCACCCUGCCCCCCUGCCUCCCCCCCCCCGGCUCCUGUGGGGCUGAGGCUCUGCUGGACAGGGUGCCCCUUGUCCCUGGGCAGAGCUAGUCCUCACCUGGGCCCCCAGGAGCCCCACCCCAGCCUGAGGAACAGUGGUGGCUCCUGAGUCUGGGGCCCCGACACAGUGAAGGUGCCUGGCCACCUGCCCUGCACCGUCCGGGCAGCCCGUGUUUGGGACUGUCCCCGGAAGCAGCCGUGCAGGGACCUGGAAGGUCCUGCGUGCAUUACUACUGCGCUUGUCCCCGGCCCCGGGUUCCAGGGCUGCAGGGCAUGAGGUGGGGGGCAGGGCAGGGGGUGCUGUUUCCCCGAAGUGUGUGAGCUUAUCCACGCCUGCACCCCCCUUUGCCUGCCUGCCAGCGGGCAAGCUUCCCUGGUCAUCGGCUGAGGAAACCCCCUUCCCAGGGCAGAGCCCAGCCGUCGGCACUGACUUGUAAAAUUUUAUGAAGUAAAACAGCCUGGACGAGC